ACAUGUAUUAUAUAUUAUGUAUUGUAAUAUUUAAAAAUAAAUGAAACAAUGUAAAAACAUAAACGGCCCGUAGAGGGUUAAGCUCUAAAUGCAGCGCACGCAACAGUAAAAUGGCCCUAGCUCGGCCUCAAGGCAAUAAGCUACUGCAGCCAACGGUAAAUGGCAAAAGUUGUGCACAAAAUACAUACACACAUACAUACAUACAUGAGGCCGAAGACAAAAAACACUCAACGAGCAGCGAUGGGGAGGUUAAGUUCUUAAAAGCUGCUGCAGGCAACGGUAAAUGCUCAAAUUUAAAGCCCAGCUUUGCGCGCAGCGUACAUUAUUCAAAAUGGCCGAUCAGCAGCAGCAGCAACAACAACGAGAACAUGAACCGGAGCCGAGUCCCGCAAGCGGGCAACGCCAGCGCCGACGCUCGCCGCCGCCCAUGCCGUCGGACGAUGUGAUGCGCAACUCGAUAGCGCGCUGCUUGACGCAGAUCGUUGUGAAUAUGCAAAAUGCGGACAUACAGCAAAGGUGUCGCGAGCUUUUGCAGGUUGAAGAUUUGACUCAGGGCGCGCACAUCAGAAUUCUGGCUGCGCUGGAGCAGAUCGAUGAGCAGCGCGAACAGCGGGAACGAGCGGCCAGCGAGCGCAGGCAGCGGCGUGCAAAUAAAUCAAUUUGAUAUACAAUAUGCAU